CAGCUUUUAUGUCCAGUCCGAUUUGUCCCAACCUCUUACUUGUACUCACACAGAAUAAUAAAAAUCCCACCACAAGGCCGUCGAAGCACCUUUCUCUCUUUUACUCUGUCUCUGAUACACACUUAUAAAUUAUGAUGAUGAUCAGCCCUCAGUCAUCUCUUCCCUCUCUCCGGAUGAGUCCGAAAAUAGCUAAUGAGGAAGAAGCCUCUUACCAUUCUCAUGGCAUCGACGAAGAUGAGGAAAAAGAGAAGACUAGCAUAGAUUGGUGUAAUCGGGUGUAUGGCAAAUGCCGCAGAGCUCGGGGCGGAGGUUGGCUUCUAGGAAGAGUGUUGGACCCUCGAUCCAUGUGGAUUCAGGAAUGGAACCGGGUAUUUCUGCUUGUGUCUACAACGUCUCUCUUCGUGGAUCCUCUCUUCUUCUAUGCCCUCUUAAUCAGCGAGACAUGCAUGUGCCUCUUCAUCGAUGGCUGGUUCGCCAUCACCGUGACUGCACUACGGUGCAUGACCGACGCCCUGCAUGUAUGGAACAUGUGGUUGCAGUUCAAAAUGGCUCAGCGCUCCCAAGCCGUCGUGAUGGUGGAAGAUAGUGCCAAGCUUCAGAACACCAGUGCUCGCUCCACAGCCCUCCGCUACCUCAAGGCCAAGAAGGGUUUCUUCUUAGACCUCUUCAUCCUCCUCCCAGUGCCCCAGGUAACAACGCUAACUCCUCCAUUCCCUUCCUUACACCCUUACUCAUCCUCAUCGUUUCCGUCGUCGCCAUCAUCAUCAUCAUCAUCAUCAUCAUCAAAUUUACAUAAAUAUUCCAAGAAUAAGUGA